AUGGCUCCAAGAACUAGUAGUUGGCCUGAAUGGAAUAAUUUAUCAAGUACGGACCGCAAUAUAAAGUCGGCCGACAGUUGGAUCGAAGCUCGCCAAAAGGAAGAUGGCGCUGACGGGUUGUGGAGAGUUUAUGAUGGACUGUAUGAUCUUAAACAAUGGAUACAUAAGCACCCUGGAGGACCGCAAUGGCUAGAAAUUACAAAAGGCACGGAUAUCACAGAAUUAUUUGAAACGUAUCAUUUAAAUCAGAAAGCCGCAAAGGAAGUGAUGGGUAAAUUUUACGUGUGUCGGGCGAAGACACCGAGGAACUCGCCUUUCACGUUCAAACCCGACGGAUUUUACAGCGUGUUGAAGUCUAGAGUUAAAAAGAAGUUAUCCGAAAUCAACCGUCGUGAAGUUUCCAUCAAAUCCAUACUGGUCAUCGAUACUUGGUUCUUCGCCACACUUAUCCUCUGCGCGGCAGUCGCACAAACUCAAAGCUCAGUUUUGGCCUUAUUUGCGGGCAUCAGUUUGGGGCUUGGAACCGUUGCAAGUCAUAAUUUCACUCACCUCAAGGACAAUUGGAGGAUGUAUUACAUGCAACUGAGCUUGUUCUCUGUGCGAGAAUGGAGAAUAUCACAUGUGAUCAGUCACCACGUUUACACCAACACAGUGCAAGACUUAGAGAUGACAUUGUUGCAUCCGUUUAUUCAUUGGUUUCCGACCGAUGACAAACCGCCUUUAGUUCGUUACACACCGUUUCUUACUCUCAUCGCCUACCCUCUCAUUGCACCGGGACAGUUCGUCAUCAGAACUUUCAAACGCAUGAAUGAUAAAGCCGAUCUUUUAAUGUUCGUCAUUCCGGUCAUAUUGAUGAUUUGUGGCCGCAUGCCCAUUGGUUUAGUCCUUAACAUGUGGCUGAUUAUGGUAAUGUCGAGUAGCUCUGUGUUUUUAUUCCUCGGAUUCAGUGUUUCUCAUCAUUUACCCAAUAACUUCCAUGAUGGAGACCACAUCAAGUAA